CAGCGCGGCCGCAGCGGCGAGGCAGAGCAUGGCUAUCCCCUUCUCCAACACCCACCUGCGUGUCCCCGCCGGCUUCAGGAACCUGCUGGAAGGGCUGGCGCGGGAGGUGCUGCGGGCCCAGCCCCAGGAUGUGGUGGGCUUCGCCGCCGAGCACUUCCAGGCGCUGCUCGAGGAGCGAGAGCGCGGCCGGGCCGACCCGGCCGAGUGGGGCGCCCGCCUCGAAGACGUCUUCUACAACGAGCCGCCUUGCCGGGACGAGGAGGAGCCGGCGCCGGAGGAGCUGCCGCUGGGCGAGGAAGAGCUGGAAAAAAGGCGACGAGCAGCCGUCAAAAUCCAGGCCGCUUACAGGGGUUUCCGGGCCCGCCGGGAGGCGAAGCAGCUGAGAGAGGCCGUUUCGCAGGAAAGCUGGGCUUGAGCGCCGGCUGCGCCGAUUAAACGACGGAUUUUCUUUUUUUCCCUCCCCUCGAAAAUACCC